GCGGGCGGAGAUCGCCGAGGCGGCGGGAGGCCGCGCCGGGGUGGCGCGCGCGCGUUUUCAUAGUUCCUGGUCAACAUAGAAAUGUGGAGUGUUUUGGCUGAAUCCUUAUGCCGACAAGAUCAUUACGUGAGCAAGUAUCUCAACAUAAGGUUGAAAAAGUGACAUGUUAUUUGAAGAAACAAAGGGAAAAAUCCAAAAGGAAAAGAAAAAGUUGAUUGGCCCAUGACCAGCCUGUUUGCUGCAGAAGAAUCAGCCAAAGGGAGUGAUUGAAGAUGUAUAACCAAAAAGCCAGUUGGUCUAACCAUGUGUGUCUUUGUCCUAAAAGUCACUGCGGGUGUGAGCAGCACUGCUUCUGCAACAACAGCCUAGACCCAACCACAUCUUGGGAAGAUGAUGACCACUUCCUGGGGCACAGUCUUUUUCAUGCUGGUGGUGUCCUGUGUCUACAGCACUGUCUUCUACAGAGACCAGCAGACUUGGUUUGAGGGUGUCUUCCUGUCCUCCAUGUGUCCUGUCAACGUCAGUGCCAACACCUUGUAUGGAAUUAUGUUUGAUGCAGGGAGCACUGGAACUCGAAUUCAUGUUUACACAUUUGUGCAGAAGAUACCAGGGCAACUUCCAAUUCUGGAAGGGGAAAUUUUUGAUUCUGUGAAGCCAGGACUUUCUGCUUUUGUAGACCAACCUAAGCAGGGUGCUGAGACUGUUCAAGAACUCUUAGAGGUGGCCAAAGACUCAAUCCCCCGAAGUCACUGGAAGAAAACCCCCGUGGUCCUGAAGGCAACAGCGGGAUUGCGCUUGCUGCCAGAGCAGAAGGCUCAGGCUCUGCUCUCUGAGGUAAAGGAGAUCUUCAAGAAGUCACCUUUCCUGGUACCAGAUGACAGUGUUAGCAUCAUGGAUGGCUCCUACGAAGGCAUAUUAGCUUGGGUUACUGUGAAUUUUCUGACAGGUCAGCUGCAUGGCCACGGCCAAGAAACUGUGGGAACCCUGGACCUGGGAGGGGCCUCCACCCAAAUCACAUUUCUGCCCCAGUUUGAGAAAACCCUGGAACAAACCCCUAGAGGCUACCUUACUUCCUUUGAGAUGUUUAACAGCACUUACAAGCUCUAUACACAUAGUUACUUGGGAUUUGGAUUGAAAGCUGCAAGACUAGCAACGCUGGGAGCCCUGGAGACAGAAGGAGCUAAUGGACAUACUUUCCGAAGUGCAUGUCUACCAAGAUGGUUGGAAGCAGAAUGGAUCUUUGGGGGUGUGAAAUACCAGUAUGGUGGGAACCAAGAAGGGGAGAUGGGCUUUGAACCCUGCUACGCUGAAGUGCUGAGGGUGGUCCAAGGAAAACUUCACCAGCCAGAGGAGGUCCAGAGAAGUUCCUUCUAUGCUUUCUCUUAUUAUUAUGACCGAGCCGUUGACACAGACAUGAUCGAUUAUGAAAAGGGGGGUGUUUUGAAAGUUGAAGAUUUUGAAAGAAAAGCCAGAGAAGUGUGUGACAACUUGGAAAACUUCACCUCGGGCAGUCCUUUCCUGUGCAUGGAUCUCAGCUACAUCACAGCCCUGUUAAAGGACGGCUUUGGCUUUGCAGAUAGCACCGUCUUAAAGCUCACAAAGAAGGUGAACAACAUAGAAACGGGCUGGGCAUUGGGAGCCACCUUUCACCUGCUGCAGUCUCUGGGCAUCCCCCACUGAAUUCAAGCACUUCUCUGAGGCCUGCAUUUGCCAGCAACCUUUUUAAAUUAAGAGGGAGAAAAGACUCAGCCAUUUCCUGAGCUAGUCCGAGGAUGGCCUGGACUUGAGCCUAGCAGGUGGUGUUAUCAGGAGGAUGGGUAUUUUAUAGACGGGUCUUGCUCCUGAGCCUAGAAAUUUGGAUUAAUUUUAUGCAUCUAACGUGAAAAAUCACUAACUACUUGGAGUGCACAACUGGCGCCAGAGUCUAAAUCUUUUGAGAUUCUAAGUGUGUCACAAAGAACCCCAUGAGCCAAAAACAAUAGCUUUGGAACUCAACCUUGGAGUGAGAGCCCAGAGAGAGGACUGUGGGAACCAAAGAAAAUGUUCAUUUCAGCCUUCUGAGUGCCUCCUUC